AGGAAGUGGAGAGUUGGUCGUGGCGUGGUGGAGCGGCGUACGCACGGGACAGAUCCAUCCAUAGUUCGUUGUCGAGACCGCUCCUGCCGAGCCGAGCUGAUCGGAUCGGAUUCGAGCGACCAGAAGUCGAAUCAUUUUCGUUGCGGGGAGUGACAGAAGCUCUUCGCGAUGGCGAACGCGUCUUCGGGAAUGAGUGCCAGCGACGAGUGCAAGCUCAAGUUCAUGGAGCUGAAGAGGAAGAAAACGCACCGUUUCAUCAUCUUCAAAAUCGACGAGAAAUUGCAACAGAUCGUCGUGGAGAAGGCCGGGGGGCCCGACGAGAGCUACGAGGCUUUCGCAUCCAGCCUGCCCGAGAAGGACUGCCGAUACGGCGUCUAUGACUUCGACUUCGUCACGGAGGACAACUGCCAGAAGAGCAAGAUCUUCUUCAUCGCCUGGUCCCCCGACACGUCGCGAGUCAAGGCCAAAAUGCUGUACGCCAGCUCCAAGGACAGGUUCAGGCGGGAGCUCGACGGCGUGCACUACGAGCUGCAGGCCACCGACCCCACGGAAAUGGACCUCCAGGUUAUCAAGGAGCGCGUGAACUAAUCCCGAUCGGCCUGGGGCUCUUCUCCUCGUCGCGGAUCCGCCUUGUUUUCUUUGAAUUUGUACCCAUACAUGUGAAUCGUAGAUUACGCUUUCCCCGUGGAUCCGAGCGGCGGCGUCGUCAGCCGGAUCCCCUGUUCAGGACUUCUACCACAUCAGUCUCAGCUCCAGUGUACGAGCAUCUUGAUGAACCCAGCCCCCGCGCUCAGGCCUGCACGCACGGCGGACGCCGGCUCGAGCCGCAUUCGGCCUCGCGCCGGCUCAGAUAGAUUGGCGCCAUUCAUUUUGUAGAGCCGUUUCUUUGUCCCGCGGCCUCCCGGGAGUCCCUGCGGACGUUCCCAAUUCUUUCAUUCCAGUCAGUAAUGCAGCCCAUUAACAGACACCUCUUGUCGUUGCGUUGCGGAUCACGUCUCCAGGCUCAGCUUAUGUAUUUCAGGACUUCUUUCACGGAUCGAUCGAUUGAUG